AUGGAGUUCUCCCUUAAGAUUACGAUUUUGGGCCUACUCCUGAUACAAACGGUUCUCUGCAGCCCCCAACAGGAUGAAGAGGAUUUAAAAGAUAAAUUAAUGCAUCCCGAUUUGCGGAAUGAUCACUUCGAUGCCAGAUCAUUGAGACGGGUGGGUGAAGAUACCCAAGAAUUUUGGUUAAAUCAGGGCAAGGAGUUCAUCAAACAACAACAGCGGCAACAACAAAAUACGAAGGUGGCCAAGAACGUGAUAAUGUUUUUGGGUGAUGGGAUGGGUUUGACAACCCUGGUAGCGGCCCGCAACUACAUUGAUGGUGAACACACGAAGUUGUCGUUUGAAGAAUUCCCCUAUACUGGCCUUUCGAAAACCUACAGUGUGGAUAAAAUUACCCCAGACUCGGCAACCACGGCCACAGCCUAUUUGUGCGGUGUUAAGGCCAAUUAUGGUACCAUUGGUGUCAAUGCCCAUGUCGGUCGGGAUAAUUGUGAAGCUAUGCGUAAUACCUCCAAUCAUGUUUACUCCAUUGCCAAAUGGGCCAUGGAUGCGGGAAAAUCUGCCGGCUUUGUUACCACCACCCGUAUUACCCAUGCCUCCCCGGCUGGGGUCUAUGCUCACACUGCCGACCGUGUUUGGGAAAAUAAUGAUGAUCUUGAGGCCGAUUGUGGUCCAGACAAUGGCCUCGAUGAUAUUGCUGUCCAGCUGAUCCAUGGUGCGGUUGGAUCCCGUCUAAAGGUCAUGAUGGGUGGUGGCAAGCGAAAUUUCUUUGACAAGACAAUCUACAGCAAAGGUUUGCGUACCGAUGGCCGCAAUCUCAUCGAAGAGUAUUUAGAAAAAUCCCCACGCAAUGCCUAUGUUGAGACCCGUGAAGAAUUGGCUAAUGUGGAUCUGACACAAAUCGAUCGUUUGUUGGGUACCUUCAGCAGCAAUCACAUGGAUUACCACCUGGAAGCGGUGGCCAAUCCCUCCAACACCCAACCCACUUUGGCGGAAAUGACCAAAAAGGCCAUUGAAUUUUUAGAACAGGACAAUGAACAGGGCUAUUUCCUCUUUGUGGAGGGUGGUAAAAUUGAUUUGGGGCAUCAUUCGAACAAGGCACGCAUGGCCUUGGAUGAAACGAAAGAAUUUUCCGAAACCAUUGCCAUGGCUAGAGAAAUGACCAGCGAAGAAGAUACCCUCAUUGUCGUGACCUCCGAUCACUCGCACACCUUCAGUGUGGCUGGUUAUCAAAAUCGUGGCUCGGACAUUUUCAGUCUACGCAAUUCGAAUGUUGAUGGCAUGGACUAUUCACCGCUCAGCUAUGCCAAUGGCCCCUCCUACUCGGAAUAUGUCAAUGAAAAGGCCACUCAGCGUAUUGACCCCAAUUUGGUAUUGACCGGUGCCGCAAAGGAUGUGUUCCCCGCCACGGUGCCAUUGUCCACGGAGACCCAUGGUGGUGAAGAUGUUGGCGUAUUUGCUUCGGGACCAUGGUCUCAUCUCUUUACCGGUGUCUAUGAACAAAAUACCAUACCACAUAUGAUGGCCUAUGCCGCCUGUAUUGGUGAGGGUCUAAAGGCUUGUGAUACCUUAUCGUGAAACG